UGCGAAUGAGUAUUCUCCAAGAUGCUGGUAUUCAAAGGGACACUGUUGAAAUGCUUGAAAACAUGAUAAGACUAAACAACCCUUACAUUCAUUCACUUGUGAUGGCGAUGGAGAGAAUUAGAGAUUUACCGGAGGCAUCAAUCGUUAUUGAUCCCAAUUAUCGGCCACCUUUCCAACAUGAACGGAGGUUUAACACGCAAACUGCAAAUGAAGUUGCCGUCCUCAUAGCAAACAGUAAUGAGCCUGUGGCAACAUCACGCCACAUUGUCUUGAGAAGAAGAGGAAGAGGAGGAGCAGAAGGAGGUCUGCAAAUCAUUUCAGAGUCCCAUAGGUCUUAUGACAGUUUUCAAUACAUCCUUUUCUUUCCACUUGGUGAUGACGGAUGGCAUUCACAACUCCAAAUGAGUACCGGCAGAAAAUUGACACUAAUGCGAUAUUAUGCAUAUAGGAUCAUGAAUCGUGACAAUGAAUUCAACCAGCUUUUGAGAGGAGGACGACUCUUCCAACAAUAUCUUGUAGAUAUGGCGGCUAAAAUGGAAGGUGAUAGACUGAAUUAUAUUCGCAUGAAUCAGGUAUCGUUGAGGUCAACGACGUACAAAGGACUGACGGAUGCAUUACAUGAUGAUGAUGACUUGGAAAACAUUGGAAGGCGCAUCAUCCUCUCUUCAACAUUUGUCGGUGGUCCCAGAUAUAUGAUGGGACGAUGCCAGGACGCCAUGAUGUAUGUUCGGAAGUAUGGUACUGCUGCAUUCUUCAUUACAAUGACCUGCAAUCCAAAUUGGAGCGAGAUCCGACAGUGCCUCUUUCCAAAUCAGCAGCCGUCUGAUAGACCGGAAUUAGUAGCAAGAGUAUUCGAGCUGAAAAGAAAAAUAUUCAUGAAGACCGUCACUGGACCAGAUGGCUUCUUUGGAAACUGUAUUGCUUUCAUCUUGACUAUGGAAUAUCAGAAGAGAGGCCUGCCUCAUUUCCAUUGUCUGCUUUGGCUUGAUGAAGCGAGUAAGCCAAGACCUCAACAAUAUGAAAGAUUUGUGCAAGCUGAAAUUCCAGACCCACAAGCAGAUCCUGAGCUGCAUAAAUUGGUACUCAAGCACAUGAUCCAUGGACCGUUCUGCAAGGCCACAUCUCGAUGUUGGAAGGAAGGAAGAUGCACCAAGAGAUUCCCAAAGCCAUUUGUCGAAAGCACAAUGUCUGGCGAUGAUUCGUAUCCUCUGUACAGGAGAAGAUCUCCCGCAAUGGGAGGAUUUCAGGGACAUCAAGAAGGUCGUUCGUUACAGACUAUUACUUCUAAUUGGGUUGUGCCCUAUAAUGCAGAACUAUUGAAGGCUUUCAAAUGUCACCUCAACGUUGAAAUAUGCUGCUCUGUACAGUCAAUCAAAUACGUCAUCAAGUACACCUUGAAGGGAUGUGAUCAGGCAGCUUUUGGAAUUAACGUAAAUGACGAGAUUAAACAGUACCAGACUGGCAGAUACAUUGGUCCUUCAGAGGCAGGGGCAUCAGUCCUUGGAUUUCUUACUCAUGAGAGACACCCCCCUGUCAUUCGACUUGAUGUACAUCUACCAGACCAACAACAAGUAUUUUUUGAUGCUGCUCAGCAAGGGAUGAAUGAUGGAAUUGCGAGAACCACUUUGACUGAAUUUGUUCGAUUGAGUUCUGAAGAUCCGUUUGCAAGAACACUAUUGUACGUUGAUGUACCUCGAUUUUAUACAUGGAGCAGCAAUAGAUGGCAAAGAAGGAAGGUUGGGAAGAGUGUGGAAUACUUCCCAGGUAUUUUUGAAGUCAACGUUCUUGGAAGAAUACAUGUCAUUUCUCCAAAACAAGGUGACCUCUUCUACAUGAGACUGCUUCUGCAUCACGUGAAAGGACCAGUGUCUUUCGAGUCCUUGAAGACACAUAAUGGAGUAAUUCUUCCUUCCUUCAAAGACGUCUGCAGAGAAAGAGGUUUGUUGGAAGCUGACGACCAUUGGCAACAAACAAUGGAAGAUGCUGAAAUGACAAGAUUCCCCAGGGCAAUCAGGGAUUUGUUUGUUGUUCUGCUGACAAAUACUGACAUCAUCGAUCCUCUACAAUUAUGGGAUCGCUUCAAGAAUUGCAUGUCUGAGGAUUACCUUGAAAGCGAGCGAAGAAGAAAAAGUGAUCAGAAUAUCACAAUAGAUGACAGACAUCAUGAUCAGGCUCUCUUUUAUAUUCAGGACAAGCUUGAGAAUUGCAACACCACAAUGGAAAAUUUUUCCUUGCCCCGACCAAGAAAUGAAAGGAUGGACAUUGAUGGUGAAAAUGUUGAUUUACUUAAUGAAUUGAAUUACAAUAGAUCAGAACAACAGCGAUUUGUUGAUGAGAAUGAGCCUCUGCUGAAUGCUGAGCAGAGAGAAGUUUAUGACCAUGUGUGCGACUACUUGCAAAGGGAUCUAUCUUCAAUGAUUUUCAUUGACUCACCAGGAGGAACAGGAAAAACAUUUAUCAUAAAUUUGAUCCUCUCCACGGUUAGAGCUCAAGGUCAAAUUGCCAUUGCUGUAGCAUCGUCUGGUAUCGCAGCAACAUUAAUGCCUGGUGGGAGAACUGCACAUUCACGAUUCAAGAUACCUAUCCAUGUGACGGAGGAUUCAACGUGCAACAUCAACAGCAACUCUAAAACAGGAGAUUUCUUCAGGAGAGUGAAGCUCAUUGUUUGGGAUGAGUGUCCAAUGAUUAGGAGGGAGUGCUUUGAAGCGGUGGACAGAACUCUUCAAGAUGUAUGCCGCAAAAAGGAUCAUUUUGGCGGAAUUCUUACCAUUUGUUGUGGUGAUUUUAGACAACUCCUUCCUGUAGUGAAGAUGGGAAGUGAUAUUGAUGUUCAAAACGCCUGCAUCAAGACAUCGUACUUGUGGCGGACUUUCACAAAGUUUGAAUUGAAGAGAAAUAUGCGAUUGAGCGAAGGAAAGGGCGAGUAUUCUAAAUUUUUGUUAGAUGUAGGAGAGGACAAGAUUGCAAAGAAUGAAGACAAUGAAAUUAACAUUCCAGAAGACAUGGUUCUCUCAGCAAGAACACUGGAUGACUGCAUUGAUUAUAUCUAUCCAGCAUUUGACCACCCUGCAACAUUAUUCUCUAACAAUUGUAUCUUGGUUCCUCACAAUGAUACGAUGAGAAGAAUCAAUUCUGCGUGUGUCAGACGCUUCCCUGGAACCAUGAGGGAGUACUAUUCUUUCAAUUCUGUCACUGACGGAACAAAUUCAACUCACUUCCCAACGGAAUUCCUCGAUUCAGUCGAGAUCUGUGGAUUACCACCACACAAAUUGGAGUUGAAGAAAGGAUCUCCAAUUGUUUUAAUCAGAAACUUGCAACCCCCAAAGCUAUGCAAUGGAACGAGGUUGAUUGUAGAACAGCUACACAAUAAUCUCAUAGUUGCUAGAAUCAACAUGGGGGCCUACAAAGAAGAGAUUGUUCUAAUUCCUAGGAUGAAGAUCAAUUUGUCAGAAGAUGAAAACAUUCCCAUUAGGAGGAGCCAAUUCCCUAUUCUGUCGAGUUUUGCGAUGACAAUUCAUAAGGCACAAGGACAAACCAUGGAGAAGGUCUUGAUAUACCUUGAGAAACCAGUAUUUCAACAUGGCCAACUAUAUGUAGCUCUUAGCAGAGGAAAGGUGAAGGAACAAGUAAAAGUGUUCCUGAAGGAUGGGACAUCAACCAGGAAUGUUGUAAUUAAACAAAUGCUUUGUUGAGAAAUGACUGCUGCAUUAAAUUUUCCUCAAGUCAAUGAAAGAACGCAAAACUGAAGGUAAAAAGCGAUGCAGGAAGGAACCGAAUGUCCAGAGUUUCGACACUUUUGAUUAUUGCUCCUCAGUUCAACAAGGGAUGUUUAACACAGGAAUCACAUUUCUGCACACAAAAGUUUAAAAUGCUGCCUCAGAAAAAGCUUCAAGGCCACAUUAAGUGACAUGUAAAAUCGUACCAGUUGUAUUUGAUUUUUGGAUAGAAAGUUGCUGGAGCUGUUCUCAUGCUUCACGAUAAAGCUUGCAGAUGGAUUAUUUGCUGCAAGAUAUAAAACUACAGGCUUGCACAUCUAGGGUAUAUGUAUCAGGUACAGUUCAAUUGUUGAGUCAAUUAUUGAGUAAAUGACGAUUGCCGAGAUAUUGAUGUUUGAGGAUUUGUUGUUGGUAAUGGCAUUGCGUAUCAAGGUUAUGUGGUUAAUUUCUGCCUUGUAGGAAAUUAUUGUUACCUUUUCUGUUGUUUGACAUGAGUGUUACUUUCUACUUUGGUCUAUUAUCGAGUUAUUUUGUUUGUAAGGAUUGACUGCAUUUUCUCAGGAGUUGCAGUGGAAUUGAAAAUUCUGUAACCAUCAGUGGAAAUCAACUUCAGAUCUUAAGAUGGAUGAAAGGUCAGUAUUUGAAAUUAUUUCGGACCCGUGCAUUGUUUUUUUUUAUCCUUGAUACAAAUUUACUUUAGUUUUAUCAGAAUGCCCUAAUACCAUUCAAAUGCUGCCUUUUUGUCUAGAGCUGUCACUGUCGCCUCAUUUCUGGAUCCGAGAUAUUUAGACUGAACGUCUUUGGGAUCUGUGACAAAUACAUGAAGGACAGUAGGGAACAAGCAACACAACAAGAAAUUGAUAGAAAACACCGAAAUUGAAGCAGGAGCAAAGAAGUUGCAUGAUGGUGAAUGGACACUGUAAAGAGAUGUUGAGAAGCAGUAUGGAUCAGAAGUGACCAAGAGACAGAACAAGAAAGGACUGAACCUCUUGAGGAGCUUGAGCUUCAAAAAUUAAUGGAAGUUUGCAUGGAACAAGAGACACAACAAUAAGCUUCCAAAUUACAUACAAAAUGGUACAUAAUUGUGUAAUGGUUUUUUUUUAAAUUAUAGGUAAAUGUAUUUAUAUAUAUAAUUGUCUUAAGAAGUUUAUAAAUGUCUACAAUAGAUGAAAUUACGUUUACAAGUUUAUGAAUAUCUACAUCGUGAUAAAUAUCUUUCACUUUUUUUUACAUCAUGCAAAGAGAUGGGAGCAAUCGAGUUGCUGGAUGUUCAAGGAACAACACAAAGCAACGUUGAGAAGCAGUAAUGAGCAGAACGGCACAAGAGACGAGAGGAAGUUGCCAAGAUACAGCCAGAUCGGUAUGUGGUAGUACAACGUUUAUAGAAGUUUAUAAAUAUCUACAAAAGAUAAAAUUGUCCUUUUUAUUCAUAUGUUAUUGGCUUCAUAGAAGGAAUGAAGACUCAACAAGAAAUAAUGUUAGAAAUUUCUCCAAAAAAAGGAAUUCAAGACAAAAGUAAUGAACAGUCGUGACAAGAGAAACAAUGUCUCCGCCCCCCCCUCCAAUAUUUCAAAAAAUACUGGCAUCUCACCCAUAGAAUCAGCCCCAGCCCCUGGUGAACGUUCCAUUGUGUGAUGUCACAAUGUCCAAUGCUCAAAGACAUUGUUGCCAUAGAGGGAGUACAGAGAAGAUUCACCAGACUAAUUCCUGGGAUGUCAGGACUUUCAUAUGAAGAAAGACUGGAUAGACUCGGCUUGUACUCGCUAGAAUUUAGAAGAUUGAGGGCAGAUCUGAUAGAAACCUACAAAAUUCUUAAGGGGUUGGACAGGCUAGAUGCAGGAAGAUUGUUCCAGAUGUUGGGGAAGUCCAGAACAAGGGGUCACAGUUUAAAGAUAAGGUGGAAAUCCUUUAGGACAGAGAUGAGAAAAACAUGUUUCACACAGAGAGUGGCGAAUCUCUGGAAUUCUCCGCCACAGAAGGUAGUUGAGGCCAGUUCAUUGGCUAGAUUUAAGAGGGAGUUAGAUGUGGCCCUUGUGGCUAAAGGGAUCAGGGGGUAUGGAGAGAAGGCAGGUACAGGUUACUGAGUUGGAUGAUCAGCCAUGAUCAUAUUGAAUGGUGGUGCAGGCUCAAAGGGCCGAAUGGCCUACUACUGCACUUAAUUUCUAUGUUUCCCUCUCC